AGAAAAACCUCAAAUGAAACCAGACAGAGCCCUUAUCAAAACCCUAGCUAUCUAAGGUAUCGUUAUUACCACAAUAAUAGCAAAACACCACCAUUCAGUCGCCGCCACCCCAUUCUAUCGAACAGCUGCCUUGUCUCUUUCUGAUUUAACAAUGGAGGAGACCGACGCUUCUGCUCCCGGCGAGAAAACCAUAAGCAAAAAUGCACUGAAGAAGGAAUUAAAGAAUAAGAAGAGAGAAGAAGAGAGACGCCAAAAAGAGGAAGAGAAAGCUAGACAGGCUGCUGCCAAGGCCAGCACCCAGGUUCAGAAAUCUGCAGCGGCAGCUGAUGAUGAAGAUAUGGAUCCCACGCAAUAUUAUGAAAACAGGCUGAAAUAUCUUGAUGCUCAGAAGGGAGAAGGGAAAAAUAUGUACCCUCAUAAGUUUUUUGUUUCACUGACCAUCCCUGAAUAUAUUGACAAGUAUGGGGGGUUAAGCAAUGGAGAGCAUCUUGAGGAUGUUUCUGUGUCUUUGGCUGGUCGAAUAAUGAGUAAAAGAUCUUCCUCUUCAAAGUUGUUCUUUUAUGAUCUGCACGGUCUUGGUGCUAAGGUCCAAGUGAUGGCUGAUGCAAGCAAGUCAGGUUUUGAUGAAGCCGAGUUUUCUAAGCUCCAUUCCAGCGUGAAGCGUGGUGAUAUUGUUGGUGUCACUGGAUUUCCAGGAAAAACCAAAAGGGGAGAGCUGAGCAUCUUUCCAACAUCUUUCAUGGUUUUGUCUCAUUGUCUGCAUAUGAUGCCCAGGCAGAAAGCUGGUCCUGGCUCGGAUGCUAGUGCAAAGAAAUCUGAGGUUUGGAUCCCAGGAUCAGUCAGGAACCCUGAAGCAUAUAUUUUAAAAGAUCAGGAAACACGGUAUCGUCAACGAUAUCUGGAUCUAAUGCUGAAUUCGGAGGUUCGACAAAUUUUCAAGACCAGAUCUAAAAUCAUUAAAUACAUACAGAACUUUCUUGACGAUCUUGAUUUCUUGGAGGUUGAAACACCAAUGAUGAAUAUGAUUCCUGGUGGUGCUGCUGCUCGUCCAUUCAAAACUCAUCAUAAUGAUCUGAACAUGAAGCUGUACAUGCGCAUUGCACCUGAACUCUAUCUUAAAGAAUUAGUUGUUGGUGGACUUGAUCGUGUUUAUGAAAUUGGAAAACAAUUUAGGAAUGAGGGUAUUGAUUUGACACAUAAUCCUGAGUUCACAACCUGUGAGUUCUAUAUGGCUUAUGCUGACUACAAUGACUUGAUGGAACUCACUGAGAAAAUGUUGAGUGGCAUGGUCAAGGAACUUACAGGUGGCUACAAAAUUAAAUAUCAUGCAAAUGGGCUUGACAAGGAUCCAAUUGAGAUUGACUUCACACCACCGUUUAGACGGAUUGACAUGAUUGAGGAGUUGGAGAAGAUGGCCAACCUCAAUAUACCUAAGGACCUUUCCAGUGAUGAAGCUACCAAGUAUCUUGUGGCUGCAUGUGAGAGGUUUGAGGUCAAGUGCCCCCCUCCUCAAACGACAACUCGAUUGUUAGACAAACUGGUGGGACACUUUCUGGAAGAGACUUGUGUAAAUCCCUCCUUCAUCAUCAACCAUCCUGAGAUUAUGAGUCCGUUGGCAAAGUGGCAUAGAUCGAAACCAGGCUUGACUGAACGCUUUGAAUUAUUUGUCAACAAGCAUGAGCUUUGCAAUGCAUACACUGAAUUGAAUGAUCCUGUGGUACAACGACAACGAUUUGAAGCACAACUGAAGGAUCGACAAUCAGGUGAUGAUGAAGCAAUGGCUUUGGAUGAAACAUUUUGUAUGGCUCUUGAAUAUGGAUUGCCACCAACUGGUGGAUGGGGACUAGGCAUUGAUCGGUUAGCUAUGCUGUUAACUGAUUCACAGAAUAUAAAGGAGGUGCUUCUCUUCCCAGCCAUGAAGCCUCAGGACGAACCUCCUGCUAAAGCUACUUCCGGUGUUUGAAAUUUUGAGAUUUGCAGUAGAGGUGGUUGUGUUGUCAACUUUUUGUAGUUUUUUUUGGCUCCAAACUGAUAAUUAUUUGGAUUCGUCAUCGGACACUGGCCGCAGAGGAGGGCUUGACAAGCUACACGAUACUCGUUAAUUAUAGCCGAUGUAGUUUUGUUUCAGUUCUUGACUGAGUUGCAUGAUUUGGAGAUAUUUUUUUAAACAAAUCUCUUUUGCGGUGUAAAAGUCUCUUGUG